ACGCCAGUUUAUUUAUAGACCUAGUCAAAUAUCAUCGAACUGCUACCUUCCCCUUGUGUUUUCGACCACUUCGUUUAUGUCCGUGUCGUUAACACCCGAAUUCCAAGCAAUUAAUAUCAUAUCCAUGGCCAAUUGAGCUUGGUGCUCACUUAUACCCGGAGCCAUGUCGCAUAAAGGUGGCUUUCGCAGGCUCCGUAGUAAGCCCACCCAAACAAUACAUCGCUGGUUUUUCAAGGGGAGUGCCUGGGGCAUUUACGCAAUCGCCUGCGGAUUCCACUUCUUCAAGCUUCACUACAAUGAGCGAACCAACCAGGUGGAGGAGGCCCAGUACCAUCGGAUGUGGUCAAAGAUUGUGGUGGCCAUGAAGGUUGUGCUGGUGGCCAGCCAAUACCUGCAGUACUUCGUCCUCGGCCUAGGCACAUACAUCCACAUCAAGCUGGUGCACACCAGCAGCGCCCAGAACUUUGUGAUGAGUGUCUUCAUGCUGGCAAUAGUCGUGAACGUCCUGCGCCGCCUGGUGGUCUUUCUGCACCUGAAAGCGGAUCGCAGGUUUGUGGAGCACUCGGUCAAUGAGAUCCUGCAGAUCACCAGCCUGAUCGAGCGGAAGAUCGGCAUGGUAUACAACUGCGAUUUUGUGUUGGUGGGAGUGUAUUUGUUCAAACUGUGGAUACUCUACAUCCUGCUGGAUGCCCUGUGGAACAAGCCCUACUUCCUGGUAGUUAACUUCCUGUACUGGGUGCUGCUGGAGUACUGCUUUGCAGGGUACUUCAUCUACCAGCUGAUCCUGCUCAGCUGGUAUCGCACCAUCAUCCUGUUCCUACAGCGCUUUGUCGAGGACAACGAGAUUCGUCAGGAUAUCGGGGCCCAUUACCAUCAGCGGCUGUUCCUGCUUUUUGAGCUGCAUCUCCGCAUCAACAAUCUCCACAAAUACGUCAAGGACAAUUUGUCCUGGCUCUCGACUUCUAUUUACCUUAUGAUCUUCACCUGCAUCUUCAACAUGGAGCUUCUCAUAGAGUGCAGCCUGUUCGCCGAGGACGAGUUCGAGAACAAGAUCUACAUUAUUGCCGAUGGUUGCUUGGGACCCGUGUUCAUCCCGAUCCUAUAUGUCCUUAUGCUGGGGAUGUGCACUGACAGGAUCCGCGAUGCUGAGCUACAGCUACAGCAGCUGAUCGUCAUCACCCAGGCCCUGUAUAUGAGGAAAGUGAAGCCCCGCCUGCAAACCGCAGUGGUUCUCGACAACGAGCACACUUCCUUGAUACUUCACCAGAAAUUGGAACCGCUCCAAAAUAUGAUCAUUUUGGAUAUCACCUGCGAUCGUCAGUUCGCCAUGGAAUAUAUUCUUACGGUGAUCCUGACAGCAUUAUCCCUUGUUCAGUAUACCAUAUCAUGUGGAAGGGAUAUUAGCGAGUGUUUGACUCAUAAAUAAAUUGGAAAUUUAUGUUUA